GUUUUCGUUAAAUUUCAACAGCGGUAAAACAGAUCUCCCAACCCUUCCAAACCAAUUACGACGAAAAUGAUGACACAAAGAAAAAUUGUUGCUGGCAUACUGGCAUCAGCAUUAUUGUGCCUAUGGAUGGUCUCGUAUGCAGAAGGUGCUCCUAUGCCAAGGUACCAAAAUAAUGGUUACUACAACGAACUGGAAGAGGUACCAGAUGACAUCCUAAUGGAAUUAAUGGCACGCUUUGGACAAACUAUAAUGCGAGCCCGCAAUGAUUUGGAAAAUUCCAAACGUACAGUGGACUUUGGCUUGGCUCGUGGCUAUUCCGGCACUCAGGAGGCGAAACAUCGCAUGGGUUUGGCUGCGGCCAAUUUCCCCGGAGGACCAGGAAGAAGGCGCCGUUCCGAAACCGAAGCUUAAAUUGCUAAGAUCACAAAGAGUCCCCAGCAGAGCUACAGGAAACCCAACACCAAAACAGGUUAUGUUGCACCUCAAACCCGAAACGAUUAAAAUGACAAAGACAAAACAAAAAAAAAAUCAAGCCUCCCCCCUAACAUCCUAAUGCAAUCAUUCAAAUACCACAAAGGAAACCCCAAAAAAGGAGUGAAAGUCUAACAAAGAAAAACCUAAGAAAAAAAUAACAAUGUUUAGCUUAUAAAUGUUAGAGGAAAUAGGAAAAGUCCUAGAUUAACCAAACAAAACAACACUCCUUUUUGCACUACUACUAACCAAACUAGUCCUAGUCCUCCUCAUACAUAUAACUUAACGAAAAAAAUCAAUGUUGAAAUCUCGUAAACGAAUAAAAGUUGAAAAAACGGAAACGCAAAUGAAAAAGAAUAUUUCAUAUAUGUAUUCUAUAAUCAAAAAGAAAACACCUACACAAAGUUAAACUGUUGCUCCAAAUUAUAUAACAAUUUAUAUGAAUAUUUUAAGAAAAAUUUAACAAAACACACACAAACAACCAACCCCACUACUCUCUUCUUAUAUUGAAAAAAAAAACAAACUUCAAGGAAAAUAUAAAAAAAAAUGCUUUUAAAUAUGCUUUUUUCAUUUAAAAAAGAAACACUUACCUAAGUUAUACAAAAUAUAAUGACAAAGAAAAAUCACAUUAAAUGUAUUAUAAAAAAAAACAAAAAUAAACUUAUAUUGAGGAAGAGAAAAAUUCAUAAAACCACAACAUACUAAGUUUAAAGACAAUGUGUACUAUUUUUUAGUAUUUAAGAGUUUAUCAGUCAAAAACCAAAAAAAAAAAACAAAAACAAAUAUUAAACGAUUUUGAAGCGAUUAAUAACCGACAAAGGAAGUAUUACAAAGCCCCAAACACCCUUAAACCAUACCACAACCUGCAGAGCAAGGAAAGCAAGGUCCCCCGAAAGAUGAUUUUUACUUGGGUUCCAUAUACCUGAUCAUUGAUUUUUCAUUCAACAAAAAUUUCAGUUCCUAAAAUUUUAUUUAUAAAAAAAAAACAUUAUAAUAAGAUAAGUCCAUGCAUUAUUAUACACCAUACCAACUACUAUAAAAAAUAUCUAAAAAAAAUAUUUAAAAUAUGAAUAAAGGUUCUUGAAUGUGACAGAAUUUUCUAUAAAAAAAGCUUAAAAAACCAGCCUAAAAAAUUUAUUAAUUUUUUUUUUUUAAUUUUUUCCCUAAAGUUAUCCCUUAUACCCCAUGUGCCAAUUUCUGAAAUAUUUUAUAAAAUAUCUUCAACGUUUUUCCAUAAAUUCCAAAUUUUAUAUUUCAUCUAUUUUCGAUACUUGAAUAAAAAACUCUUGGCUGGAAUCUGUUCUCAGUUUGAUGUCCUAUUUCAAACACCACAAGCAUGUACAUACAUACUACGACGUUACAAAACUAUCUAACGAAUCGAAAAACCAAAAAUUCCAAAAUUGUUUAGAUUACCAAAAUCACAAAAAUAUUUAAAAAUAAAAAAUAAAGUGCAUAUAUACACUAGAAACUACAUAA